UGCAGUCUCCCUCCGCCAGCGCGCCGUCCGUGUUGUUGUAGUAAAUAAUGGCGGCAUCGGGAGGCGGAUUAUCAUCUCCCGCUACCGUCGCGGGCUUGAGCACUCAAGCGGCGGCCCGGGCUCGCUUCCCGGGCCGUCCGUGCACGUCUCGCAGCAGGCUGCGGUGGGAGAAACGUACCAGACGCGGAAGGUUGGGCUCGGACGACGGGGAGUUGGCUGCCGGAGGGCCGAGGCCCGUAAACAUCGGGCUCGCGUUGAGCGAGGAUCCGUACCUGCUGCGCCUGCUCGGUGUGGCGGAGAAGCACAGGCGGCAGAGAGAUGCGGGGUUCGACUCCAGCAACAGUGAGGAGGAGGAAGAUUUCACUGGAUUUGGGACCACAACAGUUCGUCCACAGAAAACUUCUGGCACUGUUCCUCGGUCUUUGUCCCUCAGCCAAGCGAAGUCUCCCCAAGCUUCAGACCAGUCUCUGGGAACAAAGCCUCUCAUUGGGAAAAUUAUACCCAAGACCUCAAAACCAGCCCUGAUUGGGAAAAUUGUACCGAGGGUUCCUAAAGAAAGCCAGGGUGUCAAUGAGAGCCCAGUAGAACACAAAGAAAUACCUAAAGUGGUAAUUAAACUGCAUGGCAAGCAGGGAGCUCUCACUGCAAAAGCCAAACGUGCAGACCAGCAGGCCUCAGGUAGGCAGAGCAGUAAAGCAGGAGAAACAGGUGACUCAGGCAGCACACAAAACCAAACAGCCGCCACCUCAGCUGGUGGAACCAAGCAGAAUAAGCUGGUGAGCGCUCUGAAAGCUCCCAAGGUCAAAGAACGAGGCGAGGUGUCAGAGGGCUCAGACACAGACCAGUCCCAGCCACACAGCUCUGUGAAAGGAAUGAAGGGAUUUCGACUUGGGCACAGCAGGCGCACAACUCAAGCAGUCGCUCUGUCAUUUACAUCCUUUCAAAAACGGCAGAGGAAGAGGAUGGCUAAGGGUAUGGGUGCCUCUCCGGAAGCUGGAGCUGAGGCCGGUGCUCAGAGUGGAGAGGAGGCUGCAAUGCCCCUGGAGUGUAAAGCUGCAGAUUCCCCUGAGAAACGAACACACAGAAGGCAACAACGCAAGUCUUUGUAUGGGUACAGGCGAAAGCCACCCUCAGCCGUUAGACGUCCAAAACUAACUCGUAAUCGCACUAGGCAUGUGUUUUACACGUAUGUAUCAGAUGAAAACGAGCAGCAGCCGCAAGGUCAGAGUAUCACUCCAUCAGAAGGUGAACCCAGCUCGUUUUCUGAACAAAUCCAGCAGAGUUCCAACAACUCCUCCACUCCUGUGAUGAGCGCACGGUCCUCUCGCAUUAUUAAAACUCCAAAGAGGUUCUUGGACGAGGAAAUGAUUCCCUUUCCAAAGGGCUCUUUGUCGACAUGGCUGAAGACUCAACACAGAGAGGACGGAAAACCGAGUGCAUCACUUCAUGAGUCAGGUUAUGACGGCAACUCGUUACAGACAGACAGUGAGUCUUUAUCUGUUUUCAACAGCCCGUCUGCUGUGACAAAGUUCUCACCGAAGGCCAGUCCAGGCACAAGCCACCUAGAGAUCUACAAGAACCUCAAGAAACUGACCUUGAAGCUGGCAGAGAAAAAGAAAGGUCAGUCUGACACUCAGGGGGAUUAUACGCAUCAUGGUGAUGGCUUGAGCUCUCAUGUCAAGAAGAGGCGGAGGUCAAAGCUCAUGAUGGAGGAGAUGGAGAUGAACUCUCCUGGUGUUGUGAGGAAACUGGCUGUGAUGAACGCUGAUGCGGAAGCGCCCCCUCACAUGCCGUUCGAAGAUAUUGGCAACAAUAAUCAGGCAGGAGGCAUGACAGGGGACAGUCAGGAGCCUUUAGAGGUCAGCGGACCCACCCAUCGAAUUGGUCUCAGUGGAGCUAAUAAGAGGAUGCUCCACCUGCUGAAGAAAGCCAAAGUCCAGCUCAUCAAAAUUGAUCAGCAGAAGCAGCUCAAAUUGUCACAGUUGGGCUCCAGAGAAUCACGAGUGCCAGUGAGUGGAAGGAGGAGGAGGAGGAGAGUGUGCACAUCUCCCAAAGACACAAGUCCUCAGGAGCAGCCCCUGGGUGGUCCGAGGAUUAAACAUGUCUGCCGGGCAGCAGCAGUGGCUUUGGGGCAGCCCCGUGCCAUGGUGCCAGAUGAUAUCCCCAGACUCAGCGCCCUGCCACUUCAUGAGAGAGAGGGCAUCACCUUCUCUCCCACAGCAGAAGAUGUGGCAGAUGAUGACGAUGACAUCUCUGAUCAGGGCAGGGCUCAGUGGGUUGUCUCUCAGGAAAACAUCCAGCGGAGGAGGAGGGGAAGGGGGAAGGGCCACAAGUUCAGAAAGAGGAAGAUAUUGAGUCAGUAUGCAUCAGGGGGAGUCCGCUCCCGGCGCUGUGGACGCUGCAAAGGCUGUUUGAUAGAGGAGGACUGCGCAAAGUGUGUCAACUGCCUCGAUAAGCCCAAAUUCGGAGGACCCAACACCAAGCGGCAGUGUUGCAUAUAUAAAAAGUGUGAGCGGAUUGAGAAAGCGAAGAUUGAGCGCAUUAUCAGACCACUGAAAGUCCAGACGAGGCGGUUGUCGGGCUCCGUGUCAAGCAGUGACGAUUCAAACUGGAGGCUUGGAGGAGCGGACGAGGGAUCUUCCUCGAUGACGCCUGGAGUUAGGAAACAGUCCCUGCGGAACAUCACGCCACGCUCCUACAGUAGCCUACUGAAAUCUGAAUCUGAAGAAGAAGAGGGAGAAGAAGAAGAGAAUAAGGCUGAUAAAUCAGAUGCCAAGCCAAAUGUAGAUGCUGCUAGCAACCAAGAUCCUGGUCCUCAAGAUGGUGGUUCAGUGCCAGACGACCCUCCAGCUGAGGCAGUGAAGCAUCGCCGGCCGUUCUCCAGAGGAGCCGGGGGCAGACCCAGAGCUUACAAGGAACAGGAGAACACGGAAGAGACGGAGCCCAGAGAAACUUUCCCUGAAACCAGCUCAUCCAGAAGCCCAAUGACGAAGCUGCAGCAGCAGCUACAAAUACACUUACACCGUCUGCCUGAUUCUGUCCUGCAGUCUGCUCUGUCUUUGACGCAGCAGUUGCCCCAGUGUCUGGAUCGGUGUACUGAACAGUUGAAUCCAAAAUUGUCCCAGCAUGUAACACAGGCCGCUAUUUCAUGUUCAUCACACCCCACCACACAGUCUCCUCCAGAACUGUCCCAGCCUGUAACGCAUCCUGCUUCUCCACAUUCACCACAUCCCUUAACAGACUUUCCACAGAAAUCCCUGCUGUUACGUUUGCACCGUUUGCCCCAGUCUGUGGUGCAGUCAGCCUUGCAUUUGCACAAACGUGUAUCAUCAUCAUCUCAACAACAUCCCCAGUCCGUGCUGUGCUCAGCUCCGACAGAGGUUUCGUCAAAGUUGGGUUUUCAGGGACAACCAGAAUCUGAGGUGAAGCACCCAUAUGUUUUGACUGGGACAUACAGAGCUAACAAAAAUAAAACUGUUCGAGUGCCCCCUCAGACUGUUGAUCCAGACAGAGAAUUACAGGAGGGCAAACAAGAGGAGCAGGAGGACGAACGAGUGGAUCAGCGUGAAGAGGAGGAGGACGCUUCUGUAAAAGAGACAGUAUUGAAAAACUGUCCAACAACUGACCCACACUAUGUCCUUCGUUCCCAGAAUCCUGCAGAGUGUGCAUCAGUGAGCACCCUGACGGGGUUAACUAACGGAUAUCCCCAAAAGGGCGUGUUGCAGAACAAGUACAAGAUCCGCGUGGAUUUCAAGGAGGACUGUGCUGUCCAGAAUGUAUGGUUAAUGGGUGGCCUCAGCGUCCUUACAUCUGUCCCUACCACACCACAACCUGUCUGUUUGCUCUGCGCCAGUAAAGGACGACAUGAGAUGAUAUUCUGCCAGAUCUGCUGUGAGCCUUUCCACAGUUUCUGCCUCUUGCCAGAGGAGCGGCCCCAGGGGGCAAACAAGGAGAACUGGUACUGUAGGCGCUGCAAAUUCUGUCACGUGUGUGGACGUAGAAGCAAGAGCACGAAGCCGGUGUUGCAGUGCAGGAGAUGCCAAACCUCCUACCAUCCUUCCUGCUUGGGACCAACAUACCCUAAGCCUAUGAACUGCAGCAUGCCCUGGGUGUGCAUGACAUGCAUUCGGUGUAAAAGCUGCGGGGUGACUCCUGGAAAAACCUGGGACUUGGCCUGGAACCAUGAGCAAGAUCUCUGUCCUGACUGCACCUCUCUCCACAACAAAGGUAAUUUCUGCACUGUCUGCUACAAGUGCUAUGACGAUAGCAACCAACAAGCACAGAUGAUCCAGUGUUCAGUGUGCAGCCACUGGAUCCAUUACAAAUGUGAAGGACUUUCGGAGGAGUUGUUUGGGUUGCUGUCAAGCCAAACAGGACAAGUGGUUUUCACUUGUUCACCCUGUAGCCAGCACCCAACUGAACACAGCAGCUUGAAGGAAGUGCUGCAGAGGUGGCUGAUAGCCGGACUGGAAGAAGUGCUCACUGACCUCCUCUCCAGCGACACCACAAAGCACCUUCUUAUCUGUAAAGCGUGUCAGGAAACAAAUGACUCAGGGUUUGUCAGGGAACAGCGACCUGCCUGUGAUCUGCAAGUCAUGGAGAAGAAGUUUAAAGGGGGCAAUUACACCUCAAUAAAAUCUUUCCAUGGGGAUGUUAUGUCUGUGAUGAGGAAGUGGCUGAAGGAGGAGGAGCUUCUCCCUCAAGAUCAGAGACCAACCAUUCAGGCCAGGGCACACUAUGUCAAAUUGGUGGAGCAGGUUUUCGCUUGGUUUCCUGCGCACAUUCUUAAAAAGUGGAACUCAUUCUCUGAAGAAUUCCCAAGUGGCAUGCUCCCUGAAGCGGUCCUCCCACCAUCUAAGGAGCACAGCUAUGCACAGUGGCUGGAGAGGACAUACCAGCCUAAGGAGUCCAGGGGCCCACAGGCAGGGAAAACAGACUUUCUGAUAUCCUCACUCACUACGCAGCAGUCUGGUGCAUCGUACAGCCUCACUCCGCAUUCAUAUGGUGUAAAAGACGACCUGGAAACUACCAAGAGUGAAGAUAUGAGGCAGUGUGCACUAUGCCAACAGUAUGGAGAUUCUUCUCCCAGAGAUGCAGGACGGCUGUUGUACUUGGGACAGAAUGAAUGGGCCCAUAUUAACUGUUGCCUUUGGUCUGCUGAGGUGUAUGAGGAGAAUAGUGCUCUUUUGCAAGUGCACAGUGCUGUCUCAAGAGGGCGCCACUUGCGUUGUGAUCGUUGUGGACAGUCGGGAGCCACUGUUGGCUGCUGUCUUGCCACCUGCCAGAGUAAUUUCCAUUUCAUGUGUGCUCGCGCCCAGAACUGUGUGUUUCAGGAGGACAGGAAGAUGUACUGCUACAAACACAAGGAUCUAGUCAGUGCGAAGAUAGUGUCUGGGAAAGGGUUUGAAGUCUCUCGACGGGUUUAUGUGGACUUUGAAGGGAUUAAUUUCAGGAGAAAGUUCCUCACAGGCCUUGAGCCAGAAUCCAUAAAUGUGACCAUAGGCUCUCUGCAGAUUCAGAAACUCGGUGUGUUGUCAGAGCUGUCGUCUAAUGGGAGGAUGCUGUAUCCUAUCGGCUAUCAAUGCUCUCGGUUGUAUUGGAGCACUGUGGACCCCCGCAGGCGUUGUAAGUACACCUGCAAGGUGACAGAAGUGAGCACACCUCUCCCUGGUGAGGAACAAGAUCCGAGAUGGGACCAAGAAGAGAAUCACACCAUAGUCCAUAGUCCCAAGCACCACAGAGAUAUGGAGUCCCCAGAGCGUUUAAGCUCCUCCUCCAGUCCAGUAAAGUCUACUACCCCAUCACCUAACUCUAAACAGCACAAUAUGCCUGGAUCCAAAAGUCCUGGUUACACACAGACCAGGAGACCAGCAGGAGGAUCAUCUCGACCUCUGCCAUCUCCAGGAUCUGCUCCCCCCAAAUCACAUCAUAUCCUGACACUGAGGGACCUGGAGGACACCCGUCGGCCUCGCAGGCUCUCUUCAAGAAGCCGCUGCAGUUCCUCACCAACAGACAGCGACCCGUCUGUCCCGAUGACCCUCCGCUCUGGUGGCACCGUCCACUCCAGAUGUGCCCUGUUCAGCUCCCCGCCAAGGUCAUCGAGCUUCGGCCCAUCCUCACCUCCUCUGUCACGGCAAAACUCAACAUCCCCAGUCUGGAGCUCCCCGCCUAGGUCCAACUCCAGCAUUUCUGCAGGGCUGUCACCUCGCCAAGGAGCCAUCACUCACUCCCCCAAAGGGAGACAAAACUUUAAAAUCACCACUCCAGUCUCUGCCGAGGUUCCCCAAGACUUCCUAGCGUCGUCUGAGGCAGAGGACGCAGCUGUGGCCACAACCAAUGGGAUCUCACUAGCCCCUGAUAACUUGGAAGAGGAAGUUGCCCAUCUGAUGUCCCAGGAGCUGCCUUACACUGUGUUUGACACCGACACAGAGGUAGCAGUGGCCUCCAUGCUGAAUGCGAAGCUUGAGUUCGACGAGGCUCUGCUCACUGAGAAUGUGGUUCUUCAAUGUGGAGCACAAAGCGGGAGAGGAGAGGUGGAAGGUGUGGUGCAGGACGUGGAAAUGCGGGAACAUAAUCAGGAGAACGACUCUGAAGAUGAAGACUCAAGCCAUUACUUUAAGUUUUCACGCACAGUGGUGUGUGAUGCAGCUAGUGGCUCAGACGCCUCCGCUCAGCUCCCUUCGGCACAAUCGAUCUCACAGUUAGACGGGGCAGACAGUGGCUCAGACAGUGAUGAAAGCGAAGUGGGCAACGAUGAAGCGGAUACUAAAAUUCAAACCAAUCAUAGUACACCUACUAAACAGCUGACUGUCGCUCUUAAGAGGCUGGAGUCAAUCUACAGUGUGUCAAAUUCUCCACCUGCUCUUCUUGAAUCAGGUUACACACACGAUGACAUGUCGGUUCAGGAGGAAGAGGUCCAGAUGAGCUCUGAAGUCCCAACAUCUCAAAAUGAUGUGUUUUUGGAUUCAGCUACAGGCCGUUUUGUUUCUUCUGAAGAUGGCUCUGUAGCGUACCCAAAUAACAAUGAGCAUGAUGACAAAGGCGAUGAUGACAGCACCUCAUCAGCUGACUCAGUUGAAGGAUUUAAAGACGAUUUAACUGACCCCGAUUACUCACCAGAGCCUAAAACCAAAAAAUCUCCCACAUCGCAGAUGAAAACAAUCAUAGUAAAGACAAAAGGUCCCACGUCAAACCUCAAACACUUGUCGCCAAAAUUGUGUCUUCAGCAGCAGCAGCAUAAACUCAAAUUGUUGUUGCCCGCUCCGUCCACACAUACUGUAAAUAAUGCGUCCUCUGCUUCCACUGCUUCUGCCACUAUUUGUACAGUCCCACGCACAGUCACAUCCCCCAUUGUUCUCAAUGGCUUAAACGCGUUACCUGUUCAACUUGGUGCCAAACAGGGCAGAACCAUCGCCAUCCGCUUGGACAACUCCAAGCCAGGAAGUCAGCAGCUUACUCAGAAUGACGCUGCGGCCACUAACUCAUCCCAGACACCGACCCCGGCUCCUGCCCCUCAAGUCCUGCUGGUCAACCGUCAAGGGCAGAUUCUCAUCAAGGACCCGAGAUCAAACACAUACCAGUCGCUCAAUACAAAUUCUCCUGCUUACAAUAAAAUAAGCCAGAUAGCUAAGAUUCUCCAUAGCGGUAACGCUCUGCAGCGCUCUGUCCCUCGUGUCAUAAUAAAGCCUCGCUCCAACCCGUCUGCCACAAACACCCCUGCUGCCAGUAACCACAGCCCGUCAUCCGAGAGAAAAAUCAUUGUCAGAGUGGUGCCUGUGAAAAGCAGCAGUACUCCCACUGCCACAGCUCCUGCUAGUGUGCAGAGUGUCCCCGAACCUGGUUUCUCCAACAUUGAAGAAAGCACAGCGCAGGCUAUUAUUGACAGAGCCAUGGCUACGCACCGUGAUGCACAAAGGACAAAACCCAUCAUCCUCAGUAACACUCGACAGCCAAAGGCCAGACAUCGAAGAUCAUCCCAGUUUCAGGACACAGAGGACUCAGAUCAGUCCCCAGCCGGACGUUCAGAGUCGCCCAGUGGUUCUGUCAGUGAAGCAAAUAUGAAUUCGCAACCAGCAACUGCCUCAUCACGCCACCAGGUGAGAGUAAAGAGAGUGUCAUCAGUGUCUGAAAGGCCCUCCAGGAAGAAAUCCAAGAUGGACUUCUUGGCGGAUCCCUCAAGUGAGCUGAAUGAAGUUAAUGAAGCCAGCAAAACGAGCGGCGUGAGAAUGAAAGCUCCAACAAUGAAGGACAUUCUUGAUCUAGACCAGGAAAAUAUGACGGAGGAGCCUGAGCCGUUGAGAAUAACUGCUCCACCACCGCCUACACCCUCCAGGCGUUCUCAGGUUGAGAAUCCACCUACAUCCGCACAAACCAACAGUCACAUUCAGAGUAAAACACACAUGUGGGUCAGCGCUCGCCACGGAGACCUCUCUGAAUGGGGCCCUUAUUCAGGUUUCAGCUCAGAAGAAGAUGCACCUGCACCUAAACACAGAAAGAGGACGUACAUGAACCAGCCCCACCUGCGCUUUGAAAUCACCAGUGACGAUGGCUUUAGUGUUAAAGCUAACAGCAUAGAGGUUGCCUGGCGCGCAGUGAUUGAUGGUGUCCUUGAAGCUCGAGCAGGCUUCCAUCUAAAGCAGCUGCCUCUGGGCGGGAUGAGCGGGCCGCGGGUGCUCGGUGUCAUCCACGAUGCUGUCAUCUUCCUGCUGGAGCAACUGCAGGGGGCCGCAAACUGCAAACACCACCGCUUCCGCUUCCACCGCUGCGAUGACAUCGAGGAAGAGCUUCCCCUUAACCCAAGUGGCUGCGCCCGAGCUGAAAUCUACACACGGAAAGCAACUUUUGAUAUGUUCAACUUCCUGGCAUCACAGCACAGAGAGCCCCCUGACAUAAUAGGCCCCUUUGAUGAAGAGGAGGACGAAUUCCCACUGAAAUCUUCCAGACGAGCCACCAGCAGUGAGCUUCCCAUGGCAAUGAGAUUCAGGCACCUAGAGAAAAUCUCCAAAGAAGCAGUUGGAGUUUACAGAUCUCAAAUUCAUGGGCGUGGACUUUUCUGUAAGAGAAACAUCGACGCUGGGGAGAUGGUGAUAGAGUACGCUGGCACCGUCAUUCGCUCUGUCCUGACCGAUAAGCGGGAGAAAUAUUAUGACAGCAAGGGCAUCGGCUGCUACAUGUUCCGCAUCGACGACUUUGACGUGGUGGACGCAACGAUGCAAGGCAAUGCGGCUCGUUUCAUCAACCACUCGUGCGAGCCGAACUGCUACUCUCGUGUCAUCAAUGUGGACGGUCGCAAGCACAUCGUCAUCUUUGCCCUGAGGAAGAUCUACCGGGGCGAAGAACUCACCUACGACUACAAGUUCCCCAUUGAGGACGAGAACAACAAGCUGCACUGCAACUGUGGGGCGAGGCGCUGCCGUCGCUUCCUGAAUUAGUACAGCAUCACACACACAGCACGUACCAAUAGCCAUCUUGUUUUAAUGCACUUGAAUUCAGGAGGCGGACUUUAAUGAAGGCGACUGUUGUGACGUAGCCAUAAGAGUGAGGAUGCUGAUGCACACAGAUCUGAUCUACUGAGUCAUUGGAAGCUUAAUUUAUAGACUUGGUGAAUGCAGAAUGCAUUUGGGGUUUUUUUUUUUUGUUGUUUGUUUUUUUUUUUCUGUCCUCUGAACUGCUGUUAACAGUCACAGAAACCAGAUGAGAGCCAUAAGUCAAAGCUUGGGAUGAAGACUAUUUAUACUGAUUCAGACUGCUGGAUUGUUGGUCUGUCUGUUGUUUGUUUGUUUUUUGAGUCAUGUACUGUUUGACCAUCCCGUACACCACACUCUUUCAGUUUUACAUUGUUGAAUUUGUCGUCAGUAGCCUCUGCUGGAACUGGGGCUAGAAAGCAGCCAGGAGGCAAUUACUACCAGCGACAAACGGUGCAAACUAAAAUAACCUGAGUGUAGUUAUUACUGUAUAAAGAGGGACCCAUUAUUAUGCUGGUGACUAGAGUGUCCUUGUGAAUACAAGGUCUUAGAGAAGGACAAGGAGAAUUUAUUUAUCGUUCAGCACCUUACUUUGACAAGACCCUCUCCGGCAGCACUGGUGUCACAGCAGACAGGACAAAUUUUAGAACAAAGUAAACACAUUUGACUGAAAGCACCUCGUGUACAUUGUAGUGCAGCUACAUUUUAACGUCACUCUGGAUACCACAGGGACUAUUGUUUUAGGUGCUGGUGACAUUUACCCUAAAAGGUAGUUUUAAUAUAGUCACCCAAACCUUUUCCACCAGUUAGUCAGUUGAAAUGUCUUGUUUUUAUUUUGCAACAGCAGAGAUGCUGUGAUCUAAAUGCUUUUAUUCCACUAUAACAGUCUGUUCUAUAUUUGUUAAUCUGUGCUGUUAGUGCGUUUUAAGAUCUAUGAGGGAGUUUCUGUGGUGCAGGGUUCAAAAGGAACAUAGUGAUCUUGCUCUGCUCAGUCCCUUAUAAAUCUUUUUGUAUUUUUGUAUAUUUGAACAAUAAAUGUAUAUUCAACAAGCUGAUGGAAAUAAAUGUGUUUGAGCUUUUAACUUUGUAAGUCAAGGCUGGCUAAUAGAACUGAAGUUAUUGCUGAGCACUGAUCCUAAGUUUUUGGGUUUUUUUUUUUUUUGCGGCUGUUUUGCACCCUCUUCCUCCUGUUUUAGUCUCUCACAGGUGUACUACCUCAAAGGUGUUAUGAAGCAAGAUUUAAUUUAAUUACACAACUCAUUUGGUGGAAAAACUGCUUCCUCUUUUCCUCCUUGUUCAAUCUUCCUAAUCAUUACAUCUUUAGGGUAUGAAAACAACCAACAUCAAUAUUAUUAAACACUGACUUACUAUUAUGCCUGCAAUUAUUUUGUGAGAAUAGAUGGCCACCGUUUUGUUUUGAUUUGUUUUUUGUUUUGUUUUUUUUGUGCCCAUUUCCUCCUGUUUGCAGCCCCACCCAGCUACUGGAUGCAGAUAGGAUCCUAGACUUCACGCUGAAGGCUGAGUGCUGUGGAUGUAUGUUUUGUUUUUUAGGAUUAAUAAUUGAAUUUGACAUGCAAAGCUUUGUUACUUUAUGGGCUCAAUGGAUCCUUGCUUGUAUAUAGUUGUAUAAAGAAUUUCUAAACCUGUUAAAUAUUUUUUUAUCUACUUUUUUUUUU